CCAGUUAUGUUCUGUUUUCACUUUCCCACUUCUGCUCUUCCAGACAGGCUGCUGCAGAUUUCUACCUCCUCCACUCCUCUGAUCUCCUCAACCCUAUUCUCCCUGUCUGGCUGAGGCGGCUGGACUAAACAAGGCCUGCAAGAUGGUCCCCAAGGAACUGAAGGUGAAUGGAGUUAAGAUAGAUGGGGUGGAAGCAGUUGGCACCUCCCAGCCAGUUCACAUCGACAUCCACAUCCACCAGGAGUCAUCUUUGCCUGAGCUUCUCAAGGCUGGGAAAUCCCUGUUUAAAUUCUCUAUUAAAUCUGCUAACACUCCUGGGUCGAGUACGAACAACAGUCGGCUACAGCUGGUAGUCUGGACUUCACAGAUAAUAUUGGGAGCCAUGAGUGGAGCCCUAGGCAUCUUCUUCUACAUGGGCCCCUACUUCGAAUUAUGGUUUUCUGGAGCUGCUUUCUGGACUGGAGCUGUGGCUAUCUCAUCUGGAGUUGUUGCUAUCAUUCAAGAGAAGAGGAGAGGUGCAUGGUGGAGCUUCCUAAAAGGCCUAUUCAUUCUGGCAACUAUUUCCACUUCCAUUGCUGCCAUUGUCAUCUGCGCUGGUGAUCUACAAGGCUCAUUCUAUUACUUUUGGAGAUCGUGUGAAGAGAGCGAUUGGAACAUUGAGACCUUCAACACCCCAAAUCCACAGAAAGUUUGGAAGAGGCAGUGCAUAAACUACAUGAACAUGCUGGCAAACCUGGCAGAAGGAAUUAAGAUCAUGGCACUACUAGUCUGGAUCACCCUGCUGAUGGUGACACUGACCCCGAUAGCAUUCACCCUCCUGCACUCCUACUGCCAUUGCCGGAGCAACUUGACACCUGAAGAGGAUGUAGAUGAGAAGAAACCCCUCCAUGGAGAGUUGAGCUUUGCACCCCCUGCCAAGAUGGCAGGGUCUGGUGAGGCCUGAGCCUCAGCUGGGCUAGCUGGUUCUGAAAUAGCCUAUGAUUCCCCUUUACACAUACAAACAUCCUGAUGUCACUGCUCGGCUCUUCGGCCCCACUGCAGACAGUAAUAAAGCUCAUCCUGCCUCUUCCCAUAAUAUCUGGGAGUUUCCUGCCCAUCCUUCCUACUCUGGCAAAAAUCUGAUAAUAAAAGCAUGACUGCA